AUGGAUGCAAGCGUUGUCGCAAAAGUCAAAGAGUGGAUAGGCCAUUGCUUGACAACGCACUUGGCGUGCCGCGCACUCGUCCCAAGGCAGGUGAGGUAUCCAACGAGACUUCUCGAUGUUCGAGCGUGGCAUCAGACGGGGAUCCUCAACAUCAUUCAGGUCCCAAAGGGCUUUGACUCGGACUAUGUGGCACUAAGCUAUUGCUGGGGGAAGAAGGAUGAUUGGUGGAUCCAAUACGUGGAAGCAUCCCAGCAAGGCGGAUGGGAAAUCGAGGGUGACAAGAUGCCACAAACAUACCAGGAUGCCGUUGCGGCCUGCAUCGCGCUGGGCUACUCAUAUCUCUGGGUCGACUGUCUCUGCAUAAAGCAGGGUGACAUGGACGAUUGGCUGACGGAAAGCGCCAAAAUGAGCGACGUCUACACCAACGCCAUUCUGGUUAUCUCGGCAAGUGACGCCGUCAGUUGCGGAGCAGGGUUUCUCCAGGAUCGGCCGCCUCUACAACGUGAUGGCGCAGUAAUGCACAUCCUCGAUGAUGACGGAACCGUUGGCCUCGCGCGUCUUUGUCCCCCGAAUACCGAUUUUCAAACGCUCGUCGGCGAUGGCCCGGUUGCUCAGAGGGCAUGGUGUCUCCAAGAGCGGCAGCUGGCGCCACGCGUGCUCCAUAUCUGCCAAGCCGAGGUCUUUUUCGAGUGUGUUCGAUGUCGCCGGUACGAGAGCGAGAAAAUUCCCGGCGCGGAGUUUGAUACUUCAGAUGAGAGCGGCUACCACUUCAACAUUCCGGAUCGGAAUUUCCACAGCGAGGCAAAAGGCAAGCCUCCUGGAAAUGUCGUUGACGUACUCUCGUGGUUUGUCAUCGUUCAGGACUAUGCGAACCGGAGUCUUUUCGAUGCCGGAGACAAGUUGAUUGCGAUAGCAGGACUCGCCAGACGCGCCCACGACAUCAUCAAAGGUGAUUACUUGGCGGGUAUUUGGAGGAAAUACGUCCAUUUCGGGCUUGCCUGGAUGGUAGAGAACACGGCUAUCGCGACGAGGGCUCCGGAAUCACCGUACCGUGCUCCCUCAUGGUCCUGGGCCAGCAUGGACGGCCCUGUCACUUGGAAAGACCUCGGCCAUGAUAUGAUCGCAAAAAGCGAUUACGUCAAGACUGCCAUGGAUAUCAUGGACACAACAGUAAGGCUGGCUGCGUCCGAUCCGUUCGGCGCAGUUCUACAUGCGGAACUCAUCGUCUCCGGCCAGCUGAGAACAGCAUCGUCGGAUAUGCUUCUGCAUAAUGAAGUCCUCCAUUAUCAAAUUUGGGAACGCGAAAGUCGCUAUUGGCCUCCGUCCAUAAGGGGCUGGUAUCUAGAAGAUGAAAAACGGCCCUGGAAGAACGAAGAGAGAAUAUGUCUGAACAUCAUGACUAGAGAGGUGUUCGGCAAUAGUGAAGAGCUGGUACAUACCGUCCUUCUACUAGAAAUCGCCCAAGGCCCCAACAGUGACGGUGCUCAUGGAGACGGCCUGGACAAUAUCAAAACAUAUAAGAGAGUCGGUUAUGGUGAAAUAAUGGCUGCCGACUUCUUUGAUGAUUGCCCUGCACAAAGACUUAGGUUGGUAUAA